UCAGUGCGGGUUCUGUGCGGGUUCAGUGCGGGUUCUGUGCGCCACCCAGUGGUCAGAGCUGGUCCUUACAGCUGGUGAUGUAUUUAAAGCCGCAGACUGAGACGCGCGCGGACAUUUCAUUCCCUAAACAGCGCGCGCAGUGACGAUCCAGUUAACGCGCAGGAUUUCAGCAUAAAGAGGAUUAAUAUUAAACAGAGCAGGUCACAGGGUCUAAGCAGGAAUACUGUGCGCAAUGGCUUUAAUGACUCUCCUGUUUCCGCUGUGUUUUAAGACCUGCUUUAUUCUAGUUUUGAGGAGUUUGAUAGUCGGAGCUGCCCCCGAGCAGGGAAGCCUGUACAUGUGGAUUGAUGCCAGUCAAGCAAGGAUAUUAUUAGGUUUCGAGGAGGAUAUUUUAAUUGUGUCUGAGGGUAAAAUGGCCCCGUUCACGCAUGACUUCAGGAAAGCGCAGCAGCGGAUGCCCUCCAUCCCCGUCCACAUCCACCACGUUAACUUCACCUGGCGAGUGACUGAUGCACAGGAGGAUUACUUCUACGAGUUCCAGAGUCUGCGUUCCUUUGACAAGGACAUCAUGGACGACCCCAUCGUCAACGUCCCGCUCUUAGGCUCUGUACCUCACAAAACCUCAGUGGUUCAGGUAGGCUUCCCGUGCCGAGGCGAGCAAGAUGGAGUUGCAGCAUUUGAGGUCACUGUUCUGGUAAUGGACAGGGGUGGAAACAUCGUUCUCAGGACCCCACACAAUGCCAUCUUCUUUAAGACCUGCCAAAAAGCAAAGUGUCCUGGCGGCUGUAGGAAUGGAGGCUACUGCAGCGAGAGGCAUGUCUGUGAGUGUCAGGACGGUUUCUAUGGCACACAUUGUGAAAAAGCCUUAUGUUCACCAAGAUGCCUGAAUGGAGGUAUGUGCAUGAGUCCAGGAGUGUGUAUUUGUCCUCCUGGCUACUAUGGAGCCAGCUGUGAGAAAGCAAACUGCAGCACUACAUGUUUAAACGGCGGGACGUGUUUCCAUCCUGGGAAAUGUAUUUGCCCUGCUGGAUUCGAGGGUGUACGCUGUGAAAUGAGUAAAUGCCGUCAGCAAUGCAGAAACGGAGGCAAAUGUAUAGGAAAGAACAAAUGCAAGUGCAGCAAAGGCUACCACGGAGAUAUGUGCUCAAAAGCUGUCUGCGAGCCCAGCUGUGGAGCACACGGGACCUGCGUGGAGCCCAACAGGUGUCAGUGCCAGGAGGGUUGGCACGGACGUCACUGUAGUAAGAGAUAUCGUGGGGGAUUGUCAUUCCUCCACCGCCAGACAAACCCCAGGUCCAAGUCCCACACCACAUCAGAGAAAGAAACCAAGGAUUCCUCCGACACUAACCGCCCAUCAGAGAGCAACUAUGUAGUGUAAGCUUCUUGCUUGUCCUCUGUGACCCCCUCUGCCCCUGACCCAGCCUCUUCAGGGACUCAUCCUCAUCAUUCUCCAUGAGAGCCCCCAUCUUAGACUGCUGCUUCCACCAGAACCAGACUUUUUUAUUUUUGUACUCAGUAUUCCCUUUCAGAAGUCCUUUGAUAGAGUAUCUCUCAGCCCCGACAGACUCUCCUUCUGUGCUGCAGACACUGUGAGGGAGUGCCUCUGCUGGAAACGUGGACAUGAAUCACAGGGAGUAUAUUAUAGGCCAGAAGUUCUUUUAUGUGGGCAUGAUUUGACUGAGGAUGGUAAUUACUGUGUUCAGCUCAUGUGCAUGGGUUGGCUAGUCUGUCUGUUUCUCUUUAUCACUCUCUCUUCUAUAUGGAGACAAUGAACAGACUGUUGAACACCAUCUGUUAUGUUCCUUUUUCGGUGUACUCUGUAGUGUAUAUGCCAUAUGAAAUGGAAAUAUAUUUAGAUGUUAUGACAACGUAGUAUAGUCAAUGAGUACUUAGUUUUAUAUAACAAGCAAAUAAGCUGUGUAUAGGCAUACAAAAGCAAUUAGUAAUGGACUGUUAUCAUCAAGUGGGUGAUAUACCACUCAAAUAAAAAUUUUAUUCAUUUAUGUUCUGAAAUGUGCAUUAUUCUUCCAGUGUGUGGCAGCGAACAGAAAGUAGC